AUGAUUUCUAGUUUCGGCCCUCUCUCUCUCUCUCUCUCUCUCUCUCUCUCUCUCUCUCUCUCUCUCUCUCUUCAGGUCUCUCUCUCUCUCUCUCUCUCUCUCUCUCUCUCUCUCUCUCUCUCUCGCUCGCUCGCUCGCUCGCUCGCAAAGGUUCCGAUACAUGCCCUCUCUCUCUCUCUCGCUCUCUCUCUCUCUCUCUCUCUCUCUAUUUUUCUAUCUCUAGUUCUCUCUUUCUCCCACUCUCUAUCUCUCUCUCUUUGCGAUUCUCUUUCGCUCUGUCUCUCUUUCUCUCAUUCUGUCUUUUCUUUCUAUCUUUCUCUCUCUCUUUAUUUUUCUAUCUCUCUAUUUCUCCCACUCUAUUUCUCCCACACUCUCUCUCCGUUUCUCUUUCGCUCUCUCUCUCUUUCUCCCACUCUCUCUCUCUUUCCGUUUCUCUUUCGCUCUGUCUCUCUUUCUCUCAUUCAGUCUUUUCUUUCUCUCAUUCUCUCUCUCUUUAUUUUUCUAUCUCUCUCUUUCUCCCACUCUAUUUCUCCCACUCUCUUUCUCUCCGUUUCUCUUUCGCUCUGUCUCUCUCUCUCUCUCAUUCUGUCUUUUCUUUCUCUCUCUCUUUAUUUUUCUAUCUCUAGCUCUCUCUUUCUCCCACUCUCUCUCUCUUUCCGUUUCUCUUUCGCUCUGUCUCUCUUUCUCUCAUUCUGUCUUUUCUUUCUUUUUCUCUCUCUCUUUAUUUUUAUCUCUCUCUUUCUCCCCCUCUAUUUCUCCCUCUAUUUCUCCCACACUCUCUCUCCGUUUCUCUUUCUGCUCUGUCUCUCUCUCUCCCCUCAUUCUGUCUUUUCUUUCUCUCUCUCUUUAUUUUUCUAUCUCUCUUUUCUCCCCUUUGUUUCUCCCACUCUAUUUCUCCCACUCUCUCUCUUCGUUUCUCUUUCGCUCUGUCUCUCUCUCUCCCUCAUUCUGUCUUUUCUUUCUCUCUCUCUUUAUUUUUCUAUCUCUCUCUUUCUCCCACUCUAUUUCUCCCACUCUAUUUCUCCCACUCUCUCUCUCCGUUUCUCUUUCGCUCUGUCUCUCUCUCUCCCUCAUUCUGUCUUUUCUUUCUCUCUCUCUUUAUUUUUCUAUCUCUCUCUUUCUCCCACUCUAUUUCUCCCACUCUAUUUCUCCCACUCUCUCUCUCCGUUUCUCUUUCGCUCUGUCUCUCUCUCUCCCUCAUUCUGUCUUUUCUUUCUCUCUCUUUUAUUUUUUAUCUCUCUCUUUCUCCCCUCUAUUUCUCCCCUCUAUUUCUCCCACUCUUAUUUCUCCCUCUAUUUCUCCCUCUCUUUCUCCCCAUUUUCUCUUUCGCUCUGUCUCUCUCUCUCCCUCAUUCUGUCUUUUCUUUCUCUCUCUCUUUAUUUUUCUAUCUCUCUCUUUCUCCCACUCUAUUUCUCCCACUCUAUUUCUCCCACUCUAUUUCUCCCACUCUCUUUCUCUCCGUUUCUCUUUCGCUCUGUCUCUCUCUCUCCCUCAUUCUGUCUUUUCUUUCUCUCUCUCUUUAUUUUUCUAUCUCUCUUUCUCCCACUCUAUUUCUCCCACUCUCUCUCUCCGUUUCUCUUUCGCUCUGUCUCUCUCUCUCCCUCAUUCUGUCUUUUCUUUCUCUCUCUUUUAUUUUCUAUCUCUCUCUUUCCCACUCUAUUUCUCCCCUCUAUUUCUCCCUCUAUUUCUCCCUCUCUCUCUUCGUUUCUCUUUCGCUCUGUCUCUCUCUCCCUCAUUCUGUCUUUUCUUUCUCUCUCUCUUUAUUUUUCUAUCUCUCUCUUUCUCCCACUCUAUUUCUCCCACUCUAUUUCUCCCACUCUCUUUCUCUCCGUUUCUCUUUCGCUCUGUCUCUCUCUCUCCCUCAUUCUGUCUUUUCUUUCUCUCUCUCUUUAUUUUUCUAUCUCUCUCUUUCUCCCACUCUAUUUCUCUCCGUUUCUCUUUCGCUCUGUCUCUCUCUCUCUCUCAUUCUGUCUUUUCUUUCUCUCUCUCUUUAUUUUUCUAUCUCUAGCUCUCUCUUUCUCCCACUCUCUAUCUCUCUUUCCGUUUCUCUUUCGCUCUGUCUCUCUUUCUCUCAUUCUGUCUUUUCUUUCUAUCUUUCUCUCUCUCUUUAUUUUUCUAUCUCUCUCUUUCUCCCACUCUAUUUCUCCCACUCUAUUUCUCCCACACUCUCUCUCCGUUUCUCUUUCGCUCUGUCUCUCUCUCCCCCUCAUUCUUUCUUUUCUUUCUCUCUCUUUAUUUUUUCUAUCUCUCUCUUUCUCCCAAUCUAUUUCUCCCACUCUAUUUCUCCCUCUCUCUCUUUCGUUUCUCUUUUCGCUCUGUCUCUCUCUCUCCCUCAUUCUGUCUUUUUUUCUCUCUCUCUUUAUUUUUCUAUCUCUCUCUUUCUCCCUCUAUUUCUCCCACUCUAUUUCUCCCACUCUAUUUCUCCCUCUCUUUCUCUCCAUUUCUCUUUCGCUCUGUCUCUCUCUCCCCUCAUUCUGUCUUUUCUUUCUCUCUCUCUCUUUUUUUCUCUCUCUCUUUCCACCUCUAUUUCUCCCCUCUAUUUCUCUCCGUUUCUCUUUCGCUCUGUCUCUCUCUCUCCCCUCAUUCUGUCUUUUCUUUCUCUCUCUCUCUUUAUUUUUUCUAUCUCUCUCUUUCUCCCCUCUAUUUCUCCCUCUAUUUCUCCCUCUCUCUCCAUUUCUCUUUCGCUCUGUCUUUCUCUCUCCCCUCAUUCUGUCUUUUUUCUUUCUCUCUCUCUUUAUUUUUCUAUCUCUCUCUUUCUCCUCUAUUUCUCCCUCUAUUUCUCCCCUCUCUCUCUCCGUUUCUCUUUCGCUCUGUCUCUCUCUCCCCUCAUUCUGUCUUUUCUUUCUCUCUCUUUUAUUUUUCUAUCUCUCUUUUCUCCCACUCUAUUUCUCCCCCCCUCUCUUUCUCUCCGUUUCUCUUUCGCUCUGUCUCUCUCUCUCCCUCAUUCUGUCUUUUUCUUUCUCUCUCUCUUUAUUUUCUAUCUCUCUCUUUCUCCCCUCUAUUUCUCCCACUCUAUUUCUCCUCUCUCUUUCUCUCCGUUUCUCUUUCGCUCUGUCUCUCUCUCUCCCCCUCAUUCUGUCUUUUCUUUCUCUCUCUCUUUAUUUUUUUUUCUCUCUUUUUCUCCAACUCUAUUUCUCCCAUUCUAUUUCUCCCACUCUCUCUCUCCGUUUCUCUUUCGCUCUGUCUCUCUCUCUCCCUCAUUCUGUCUUUUUCUUUCUCUCUCUCUUUAUUUUUCUAUCUCUCUCUUUCUCCCCUCCUAUUUCUCCCUCUAUUUCUCCCUCUCUCUCUCUCCGUUUCUCUUUCGUUCUGUCUCUCUCUCUCCCUCAUUCUGUCUUUUCUUUCUCUCUCUCUUAUUUUUUUUAUCUCUCUUUCUCCCUCUAUUUCUCCCCACUCUAUUUCUCCCCUCUCUCUCUUCGUUUUUCUUUCCUCUGUCUCUCUCUCCCCCUCAUUCUGUCUUUUCUUUCUCUCUCUUUUUUUUUCUAUCUCUCUCUUUCUCCCCUCUCUAUUUCUCCUCUCUAUUUCUCCCUCUCUUUCUCUCCGUUUCUCUUUCGCUCUGUCUCUCUCUCUCCCCUCAUUCUGUCUUUUCUUUUAUCUCUCUCUUUAUUUUUCUAUCUCUCUCUUUCUCCCCUCUAUUUCUCCUCUAUUUCUCCCUCUAUUUCUCCCCUCUCUUUCUCUCCCCUUUCUCUUUCGCUCUGUCUCUCUCUCUCCCCUCAUUCUGUCUUUUCUUUCUCUCUCUCUUUAUUUUUCUAUCUCUCUCUUUCUCCCACUCUAUUUCUCCCCACUCUAUUUCUCCCCUCUAUUUCUCCCUCUCUUUUCUCUCCGUUUCUCUUUUCUCUCUGUCUCUCUCUCCCUCAUUCUGUCUUUUUCUUUUCUCUCUCUUUAUUUUUCUCUCUCUCUUUCUCCCACUCUAUUUCUCCCACUCUAUUUCUCUCCGUUUCUCUUUCGCUCUGUCUCUCUCUCUCCCUCAUUCUGUCUUUUCUUUCUCUCUCUCUCUUUAUUUUUCUAUCUCUCUCUUUCUCCCACUCUAUUUCUCCCACUCUAUUUCUCCCACUCUCUCUCUCUCCGUUUCUCUUUCGCUCUGUCUUUCUCUCCCCUCAUUCUGUCUUUUCUUUCUCUCUCUCUUUAUUUUUCUAUCUCUCUCUUUCUCCCACUCUAUUUCUCCCACUCUAUUUCUCCCACUCUCUCUCUCCGUUUCUCUUUCGCUCUGUCUCUCUCUCUCCCUCAUUCUGUCUUUUUUUUCUCUCUCUUUAUUUUUCUAUCUCUCUCUCUUUCCCCACUCUUCUUUCUCCCACUCUUUUUCUCUCCGUUUCUUUUUCGCUCUGUCUCUCUCUCUCCCCUCAUUCUGUCUUUUCUUUCUCUCUCUUUAUUUUUCUAUCUCUCUUUCUCUCCUCUAUUUCUCCCCACUCUAUUUCUCCUCCUCUCUUUCUCUCCGUUUCUCUUUCGCUCUGUCUCUCUCUCCCCCCUCAUUCUGUCUUUUCUUUCUCUCUCUCUUUAUUUUCUUUCUCUCUUUUCUCCAACUCUAUUUCUCCCAUUCUAUUUCUCCCUCUCUCUCUCUUUUUCUCUUUCCCUCUGUCUCUCUCUCUCCCCUCAUUCUGUCUUUUCUUUCUCUCUCUCUUUAUUUUUUAUCUCUCUCUUUCUCCCUUUCUAUUUCUCCCCCUCUAUUUCUCCCUCUCUCUCUCCGUUUCUCUUUCGUUCUGUCUCUCUCUCCCUCAUUCUUUCUUUUCUUUCUCUCUCUCUUUAUUUUUUCUAUCUCUCUUUUCUCCCCUCUAUUUCUCCCUCUUUUCUCCCCUCUCUCUCUUUCGUUUCUCUUUCGCUCUGUCUCUCUCCCCUCAUUCUGUCUUUUCUUUCUCUCUCUCUUUAUUUUCUAUCUCUCUCUUUCUCCCUCUGUUUCUCCCCUCUAUUUCUCCCUCUCUUUCUCUCCGUUUCUCUUUUCAAAUUGUCUCUCUCUCUCCCUCAUUCUGUCUUUUCUUUCUCUCUCUUUUAUUUUUUCUAUCUCUCUCUUUCUCCCCUCUAUUUCUCCCACUCUAUUUCUCCCUCUCUUUUCUCCCACUCUCUUUCUCUCCGUUUCUCUUUCGCUCUGUCUCUCUCUCCCCUCAUUCUGUCUUUUCUUUUCUCUCUUUAUUUUUCUAUCUCUCUUUUCCCACUCUAUUUCUCCCACUCUAUUUCUCCCACUCUCUUUCUCUCCGUUUCUCUUUUCGCUCUGUCUCUCUCUCCCCCUCAUUCUGUCUUUUCUUUCUCUCUCUCUUUUUUUCUAUCUCUCUUUCUCCCACCCUUUUUCUCCCCCACUCUUUUCUCCCACUCUCUCUCUCCGUUUCUCUUUCGCUCUGUCUCUCUCUCUCCCUCAUUCUGUCUUUUCUUUCUCUCUCUCUUUAUUUUUCUAUCUCUCUCUUUCUCCCACUCUAUUUCUCCCACUCUAUUUCUCCCACUCUAUUUCUCCCCUCUCUUUCUCUCCAUUUCUCUUUCGCUCUGUCUCUCUCUCUCCCUCAUUCUGUCUUUUUUUUCUCUCUCUCUUUAUUUUCUAUCUCUCUCUUUUCUCCCACUAUAUUUCUCCCCAUCUCUCUCUCCGUUUCUCUUUCGCUCUGUCUCUCUCUCUCCCUCAUUCUGUCUUUUCUUUCUCUCUCUCUUUUAUUUUUCUAUCUCUCUCUUUCUCCCUUCUAUUUCUCCCUCUCUCUCUCCAUUUCUCUUUCGCUCUGUCUCUCUCUCCCCUCAUUCUGUCUUUUCUUUCUCUCUCUCUUUUUUUUUCUAUCUCUCUUUCUCCCCCACUAUAUUCUCCCUCCUAUUUCUCCCACUCUAUUUCUCCCACUCUCUUUCUCUCCGUUUCUCUUUCGCUCUGUCUCUCUCUCCCCUCAUUCUCUCUCUCUUUCUCCCACUCUCUCUCUCUUUCCGUUUCUCUUUCGCUCUGUCUCUCUUUCUCUCAUUCUGUCUUUUCUUUCUCUCUUUCUCUCUCUCUUUAUUUUUCUAUCUCUAUCUCUCUCUUUCUCCCACUCUAUUUCUCCCACUCUCUCUCUCUCUUUCUUCCUCUCUCGCUCUAUUUUUCGCUUUCUCGCUUUGACUCUCACUCUGCCCUUCUCUCUAUCAUUUCUCUCUCUCUUUUUCUUUGUUUCUUUAUCUCUCUCUUUCUCUUUCUUUCUAUCUCUCUCUCUCACACACACACACGAUAUUUUUUAUGUUUGUCUUUUGUUGUGUCUUUCUCUGUCUCCUUAUCUCAUAUCUUUCUCUCUCAUUCCCUCUCUGCCUAUCAAUGUUUGUAUCUCUCUCUCUCUCUCUCUCUCUCUCUCUCUCUCUCUCUCUCUCUCUCUCUCUCCUCUAUUCUGA